GAGCUUUCUCACUGUAGGCCAAUCCAAAGAAUCAAGCGUUAGCGAUAGGUUGUGUGCUUGAAUUCCCUCGCUGGUUUAUGUGAUAAUGGCUAAAGAAAAGCAGCUUCCAUCAAUUGUUACAUUGAACGUGGGAGGGCAUGUUUUCACUACACGGCUUGCAACACUGGUCUCCGAUCAAGACUCCAUGUUAUCAGCCAUGUUUAGCGGUAGAUUUGAACCAGAAGUCGACUCAGACGGCAGAUACUUUAUUGACCGUGACGGCAAGUACUUUGAACACAUUCUAAACUUCCUGCGUGAUGCUUCAAUGAUACCUCCGUCUACAGUGGCACUGCAAGUCUACCAAGAGGCCAAGUAUUACAGAAUAGAAAGGCUGAUGGCCCACUUGGAGUGUUACCCAGCAGUCAUGGCAAUAACGAAGCUUAAAGACCAGAAGACUAAAAUGGGAAAUAAUUACGAACACUGGAAACAAAUGCUGUUGGAUGCAGUUUGUCAAAAGUACAAUGAUGUCAUAAGAUUCUCCAUCGGUCAAGAGUGUAUGAUAACUGCAGUUAGAUAUAUAUCUAAACAAGAUUACAUCUCUGCAACUUCACCAUGCAGUUUCUGUCCAAAACAAUCAUUAGAAUCACCAGAUAAAAAACACCCUUCAAAACAUAAUUUCUAUUGCUCAGAUGACUCUGGAAUGCAUCUUAGUUAUUACAUUGGGUGUGAUUUACCAGUAAUGGAUCUGGUCAUACCAGAGGAUGAAAUCAAUGACAUUUGCUUGUUUACCUCCUUACUGGAAAAAGACUUACGGUCAGAUGGAUUCUGUGUCAGUGGUCGGUCAUCUCACCCCUGGAGGUGUUCAAAUUGCGAUGCUAUGGGGUAUCUUCAUCAAAUAGCAUUUACUUGGAAUUUUACUUGAAUAUUCAAGGAAAACUAGGAAGAUAUUUAUAUUAUACACAUUUGCGCAAGUACAGUGCUUUGCAUAAACUAUGAGAUAGAGUGAAGUCAAAAACCCAAUGAAACAAAACUUGACUGUUAAAUGACAAUCAAAUAGACAAAAAAGGAAACAAUUCAUACUAAGGAACUGAUCAGUGGGUUUUUUUUGAGUUUUUUGACUGUAGUGUUUCAAAAUUAAAAUCUGGUGGAACAGGCCAAGAAGAAUUUCCUCAAAUAAAAAGGAAAUUCUACCUGCCCUUAGGCUGGGAAAAAAAAAUAAAUUACAAUGAUCAAUAAACUAAAAUACAUCAUUAUGUUAUAGUUAGCAGCAAAUAUUACAAAGCAGCAAUUUAUAAAGCUUUUAACCGAAAAAUAUUAACAUUAUAUUUAUUUUGCAUAUAUAAAUUAUAAUCAUCAAAUAAAUCACCUAUCAGCAGGCUGGUUUUGAUGUUUUUAUCACAAUAUUUUGUAGAUGUAGGUAAUUCAUAUUUAUAUAUUAGACAAAGAAAUCAAGGAUAUAUAAUAAAGCGCUUAUUAUUAUG